UGCCCGCGUUACAAACGAAAACAAACGAGCGAAAAUCAAAGAUGGACGACAAAACAAAUCUCAACAUGUAGAUUUUUAUAACAAUAAUGCAAUGAUCGUUGUCGUUCUCGAAAAUGACAUUAAAAGGCAAUAAAAAAGAAAAGGUUGAAACAAUGGAGUGGAAAAAGUCGCUGCAAAAGUUUGUCGAGAGAAAGAAAAAAGACGUCCAGACUGAGGAUGAAAAGAAAGCGGAGGAGAUGCAGCUGUUCACAGAACUGUAUCAUGACUGGAAAGGUGUGGCACACAACCAUCCCACCCUCAAACUGCCCCGGCUGUAUGACAAAUUACCUUCAGAAGAGGAGCCCCUUUUAUUGAAGCUUCGAGAAGAGUCGAGAGCCGUGUUCCUGCAGAGGCGGAGUCGAGAACUCCUUGACAACGAUGAGUUACAGCGUCUGUGGUUUCUGCUAGACCAGUUUCACACGCCCCCAGUGGUUGGGGAUGACCAGAUGAUCAACUUUGAGGACUUUCAGAAGGUUGCUUUGGAGGCUGGUCCCAAAUGCCAACAGUUUUUCAAGCCAAGUGUGUUCACAAAGUUGUUGCAGACCGAUCCCUAUGGCAGAAUAUCGAUCAUGCAGUUCUUCAAUUACGUGAUGCGUAAAGUCUGGCUUCACCAGACUCGUAUAGGGCUGUCCUUGUAUGAUGUCGCGGGCCAGGGAUAUUUGAAAGAAUCUGACCUAGAAAAUUAUAUUUUAGAAUUAAUUCCCACAUUACCUCAGUUGAAUGGCUUGGAGAAGUCGUUCUACUCAUUCUACGUGUGUACAGCGGUACGCAAGUUCUUCUUCUUCCUGGAUCCCAUGAGGAAGGGCAAGAUUAAGAUACAGGACAUCCUCGCGUGCAGUUUUCUUGACGACCUACUUGAGCUACGAGAUGAGGACCUGUCUAAGGAGAUGCAGGAGUCCAACUGGUUCUCCGCCCCGUCAGCAUUGCGUGUGUAUGGACAGUACCUGAACCUGGACAAGGACCACAAUGGCAUGCUGAGCAAGGAUGAACUAGCCAGAUACGGUACUGGCACCCUGACAGACGUGUUUCUGGAUAGAGUCUUCCAGGAAUGCCUCACAUACGAGGGAGAAAUGGAUUACAAGACGUACCUUGACUUUGUGUUGGCCCUGGAGAACAGAAAGGAGCCGGAAGCACUGCGCUAUCUCUUCAGAAUUCUAGAUGUGCAACAAAGAGGCCACCUCAAUGUCUUCGCUUUGAACUACUUCUUUAGGGCUAUUCAGGAGCAGAUGCGUAUCCACGGCCAAGAGCCUGUGUCCUUUCAGGACGUGAAGGACGAGAUAUUUGACAUGGUCAAGCCAGCAGACCCUCUCAGACUCACCUUGGAUGACCUUGUAGCUUGUGGCAAAGGAGACACAGUAGUGAGCAUCCUAAUUGACCUGAAUGAUUUCUGGACCUAUGAGAACAGAGAAUAUCUAGUCCCAGAGACCACAGAGGAGGUUGAAAUCUAGUACAUCAUACUAACAAGCCUCGCUCAGGGGAAAAUAGGGUUUAAUGCAUGUGCAUAAGUGUUGUCCCAGAUCAGCCUGUGCAGUCAGCACAGGCUAAUCAGCAGGGACGACACUUUCCACUGUUAUGGAAUUUUUUGUUUCAAGGAAGUUUCACGUAAACAAAAAUCCAGUCAAGGCUGAAAGUGUUGUCCUUGAUUAGCUUGUGAGGAUUGCACAGGCUCAUCCGGGACGACACUUUAUGCACAGGCUCAAAUGUAGUCCACUGAUGGAAAGGGGUCAACAUCUAGAACAUCACACAUUCAUAGUCAUUCUUUAUAAUAUAUAGUUACAAUGGGUAGUGUGAGUAUUAUUUCCUAAGAAAAUUGAUUUGGUAAUCUUAUUGCAUAUGUUAAAAUGAUCAGUGUUCAUUGGUUAAUGGCAUUCACUUACUGAUAAUUUUGAACGGACACAUUUGACUAUGAUAUGAUUCAAUCACAAACUGUUGGUGUUUGCACGAAUUGUGAAACAGUAUUUCAGUAUAAGGAAACAUACAACAUAUUAAAAUAAAUACAGAAAAGAACACCAAUCUGUAAGAUAUAUUUGACAAUAGAAAAUGGAUUAUUUGGUAGAUAUAGAUUAGAUGAUUUUUGUAUUGACUUUCAUUUUAAAUAAAUGAGCAGCUAUGAUUUGUUAUAGUAUAUUUGCAAGUUGAUUAGUUCAAAACUUGUGAAACGACAUGUUGUAUUUCUGGGAAUUUAGGGACAAUUUUAUGCAGCAUCAUUAGUAAAUAUUUAGGUUUAAUUUUGGUUGUACUUAGUAUUUUCACUGCCAGUUUUUCUGGAAAUGUGAAAAUGUUUAGCAUUAUUUUACGUUUAAAUAGAAUAUUCCAUUCUACCAGUAGGUUUUGUAGUUCAGGCUUAGAACAUUGUUAGAAACCAUGGGGUGUUGCAAAAUAAUUCCCAAAAAUGUAUAUUAGCUUUGAAUGAAUGUAAAUGUAGUAUAAUGUUUGUAAUUCAUAUGGUUUCAUGAGUAUUUCCAAAUGUUAAUAUUUUAUUAUAACUUAAUGAGUAUAGUGCUGCUCAUAUGUUAAGGACUGUGUUCUAAUUUGUAUGCCCCCUUUCUAAGAAAAGGGGUUAUAUUGUUUUCUCACUGUCCGUCAGUCUGUCACACUUUUUGUGUCCGCUCUCUAAUUCAAAUAGUUUUCAUCCGAUCUUUACGAAACUUGGUCAGAAAUUGUAUCUAGACAAUAUCUAGGUUAAGUUUGUAUGGAUCAUAUUGGGUCAAAAACUAGGUCACGGGGUCGAAACAACAAAUCCAAGGGAAGUAAUAAGCUUUAAAUGGACAUAAUUAUCUGACCUGCCAAAUGAUAUAUUUUUGUUCAAUAAAUCAAAGCGGCGCAGUAGGCGGCAUUGUGUUUCUGACAAACACAUGGUGGUAAAAAGUCAAGGUCAUCCUUCAAGGACUUGGGUCAAAAAUACAAAUCCAAGGGAAGUAAUAAGCUUUAAAGGGAGAUAAUUAUUCAAUAUUGAACAUAGCAACUUGAUAUUUGGCAUGCAUGUGUAUCUCAUGGAGCUGCACAUUUUGAGUGAUGAAUCUACAGUCACGGUAGUGGCUUUUAAUUAUUUGCUACUAAAAAUAGAGAUUUGUUAGAGACAAGUAUUUUCAAGGGAAGUAAUUUAUAUAAUUAUAAAUCUCAGAUUAUAUAUUUCCUUACCAAGAAUUUAAGUUCUUUUCACAGUUACUGUACAGAUUUUUUAUUUUAAUUAUUUAUAACUCAAAUGAUUGAUUUGUCAAUCUUUUUUUUUAAAUUUAUUUUAAAGUGGCGCAGUAGGGGGCAUUGUGUUUCUGACGAACACAUCUCAUGUUUCAAUAUGAUUUAAUCAUUUACAGACAAGAUAUGCAUUUUGUAAAUUACAAAAAGAAUUAAAAAAAACAGUCCGUUAAAAAAAAAUCAUUAUACUUUGCAGAAACUGGUAUAAUUAAUGUAGAUUCAGCUAAUAAGAUAGUAUGAAAUUAAAACACAUUGAUUUGUGUACAUGUAGUUGUAUUUUAUUUUAAAAUUGUAAAGGUUAAACUUAUUUAAUUACCAUUGUUUAACAUCACUGUAUUGUUAAUACAUAUAUUUUGUACAUGUGGUUUAACUGUAGAACUUGAUUUUUACGAUACAAACUUUGUUAUAAUAUGUAAAGUGGGAAGUAUGAUUACAAAUAUACCGAAUGUUUUACCUGUAACUUAAAAUUGUACAUUUAUGUCAUAAAUAAUUGGACCAGAAUGUGAUUACAGAAGACUAUAUUUUCAUGUAAUGUAUACCUGUAGUUUCACUGACUUCUGACAUCUUUAAAUUAGUUUAACCUUGUUAACAUAAAUGGUGCCAGGCUUGGCUAGGUCAGUUGGUAGAGCGCUGGACUGUUUAUUUAAGAAUCGUGACUUUGAAUCCAUAACUUGUGUGAAUAUUGGUCUUGAAAUUAUAGUCAGUCUCCCCCACCAUUUGAGAGUUGCCCUGGUGUAAUGGAUAUGGUGUCUUCCUAGCGACCGAGAGGUCACGGGUUCCAUCCCCACUGUGGGAGCAUUCUUUAGAUCUCCCACAGAGACACCAAGUACUGGUUCUAGGCCCAGGAAACGGACUUACACGCGUUUCAAAUACGUAAAGAAUAGUUUAAAUGCAAUCGAGCUAAAAUAAAAUAGGUUUAAACUAAACUAUGUGCGAGUCUGUCAACUUAAUGCCUUGAUAUGACUUUAGUACUUUUAAACAUGGCAAAGCAAAAAAUCUAACAAACACAAACUAAAUGCUACCUGACACUGUUUACACUACAUGUUGACAUGCAUUUUAACACUAAAAUUACACAUUUGAAGUUUAAAAGGCACACUUGUGUUUGUCUUUAAACACAGUGAUGUUAGUGUAAAAUGUUUGAAAGUAUAUACUCAGAUACUGUCUUGCUUGCUGAUUCUAUGUAUGGACAUUCCUGUAUCAUCCAGAGCUUUGUGAUAUCUGAAUCGCCGUCCAAAGAAAUCAUGUUCACCAUUCUAUGCAUUUAUUGUAUGAUUUAUUGUAUGAUUGUUCUAUUAAUGCUGUCAGAUGAGUGGAACGAGUAUUGUUCAUGUGUAUGUUGAAACUUUUUGGCAUUACACUAAUAUGUUUCAUAGUUAAGGGAUGGUUUUUAGUUUUUUAUUUGACUAUUUUUUUAUGAACUUAUAUUAUGGUAUGUUUACUUAGGCAAAAUAGUGUGAUUUAUAGACAUAGGAUAGAAUACAGUUUCUUGUUAGAAUGGAAUGAAGUUUCUAGUUAAGACCAACACAAAAAUAUGCAGACUCGUGCUGUAUAUCGUUUUGUUUAAACACACCAUACUUUUGAAUUUCUUUGUUUUGGUUAAUCAAGUUUGUGUAAUAAUUGAUUAUUGAAUUUCAGUCACCAAUUCACAGGUUUCACUUGAAUCAUUUGUGUGUUUACUGAUAAGUAUGGAAUGACAGUUACAAUAUGUUGAGUAAGGUCUUCAAAUAAUGGCAAGGGUCUAUAUUUAUACAGAUUUGUGUGCUUUAACUGAUAUAAGUUUAAAAUAAACACAACAUACAUGUAUUAAUGCUUACUUGCAUUAUUAUCCAUAUAAGCCUGUGCAUGACUAAUACUAAAUAUUUUAUACACUUGCGGUUUAUAUAACAACAUCUUUAUCAUAAUCUUCAGACAAUUUAUCUUCUUUUUUAUCUGUAAAAUUCCCAACUUUAUCCUCAAUGGUUUAUUAAAAUUCUAUGAAUACCAUCCUAUGCAUGAGUAUCCCAUAUUAUGUUGUCAUGUUCAAAAUCACAUGUCAGAUAUCACAUGCCCAUACAUAUUACAUAUUUGUCCAAUUCCGUUUAGUUUCGUAUCUGUCCUCACUUUAGAUUUCUGCAAUCUGAACUACCUAGUUCAACUCAAAACUGCCUUUUUCUGUACUUAUUUUCACCUUUAUAAGUGUCUUUGUCUGUGUAUACAUGUGUGUUUUGUCACUGAACAGUUUGCAUUUAAUAUUUGUGAAUAAAUUAAUUUUCUUGUAUAAA